AUGUCAGUUCCCCCUCCCCCUGGUCUCAACUAUCUUGCGGCAAUCCAACCUGCACUGAUAGACAUCAUGAUUGGGCAUACGUUUACGGUCAUACUCGUACCCCUCCUCAUUGCAAUGUUCUACUUUUCGAACGAGCAUUCACGGAGACAGCCCAUAUUUAUUCUUAACAUUUUGAAUGUGUGCCUGGCAUUCUCUGUCGGCAUAAUGGGGGACAGUAGAGCUGUUAAUACUAUGUUAUCACCGACACAUCCAUACCCUGUUUCCUAUGACAUAAUCAUGGGCUUCCUUGGGGCGGUCCAAAGUAUCCUUGUUGAUACCAUCCUACUCUUUCGCAUCUGUUCCGUUUAUCCGCCAAGAUACCUCACAUGGCAACGCUUUGUGACGUUGGUUUCACUGCCCGUCCUACUCAAAGUUGCCCGUGUUAUCAAUCUAUCUCUUUUUAUAGCAGCUCUAACAAGAGCGGCUAAAGGACCCAAUGCAGAAGCAACUUUGGCAGCCCUUUGGGUAGCAGCUCCGUAUCUCAAGAUCGAGUGGUUCGCGCAGCUAGUGGAUAAUAUAUAUGCAUCUUCUGUAUUCCUCUGGACACUUUGGUCAAAGCGGAAAAAUAACGAUGGUUCCACCACGGGCAAUACCAAGUUUUCAUUUAGAAUGAGACUUAGGACGCUAUUUUGGAUCGCGCUUUCAAACUUCGUCAUUCCGGCACUCUUUUCGGUUGCCCAGAUCAUUGUCAUUUACUGCGAAGUUAGCCCAGUGGUCAUCAAUCAAAUAAUCCUGGCAAACACAUCAAUUGCAGUUAUCGGUGUCGUGUUCGCAACAGUCUGGGCGGGCACAGUUAACAGACAGAUCGUUCGAUCGGAUGCCAAACCAGCUGCGGAUGUCGAAAAAUCUCGCAUGAAAGAAAGCGUGAUGCAUUUUGCCACUCGGGGUACCAUUGUGACCCACGACGAAUUACAUACAAUCUAUCAACUUCCGGCAAUAUCUGGUCGUGAAGAUUCAACUGAUGAUGAAUUCGGAAAAUUUGACUUGGAGAGAUACGGUUUGCCUAAAUCUCCUCUAGCUUUGGGUCUUCACUAA